ACUCCCCCCCUCUUUGUUGAAAAACCAGAACCCUAGUUCUUGAAUUUCAGUGUACAGUGCCUCUUCUUUCAACUCUCUCUCUUCCCCUACCUCUUUCCUAAUUCUAACUAUAAUCUGUUUCUCUCUCUAACCAUCGCAAUAGGAAAGAAUUAGAGUUUUUCCUGGGUUAGGGUGUCGCGGGUUAGACACUUGUUGCCCUAGAAUCAUCGUUUUUGCAGCUUUGUGGCCUUUCUCUGACGAUGGGUUAUGGGGCUCUUGCAGCAAUUGGAUUGGACUCUAGGUACUCCAUUGAUGGGUAUUAUUUAUUAAGGAAGUGCAAGUGAUUGAUCAUAUUUGUUGGGGGAAUAGUUAGUCGCUUACGAUCAUUUUGAUGGGAAUUUUUUUUGGUUAAUCAGCGCUUCUAAUGGGGAUUUAUUGGUGGUUUAAGAUCAUUUAAGGGCUUAAAAGUUGAUUAAGAUGGAUUAUUCAGAAUGGACCCAUGGCUCAUGACGGUUUACAGGGGAAGGGGUUUUGAAUAAAUUCUAUCCAAUUCUAGUGCUUGUUGGCAUCUUGAAGGAUUCAUGCAUGUAAGAACAUUAAUUGAUUCCUUGGUGCCUUAUUUCGUAAUGCAACUGGUGACAAUUUGAAGGAUUUUUGCGCGGCUGAAGAUCAUCUUUCAGGGAAUUGCAAGUGAUUUAUGGACCUUUGAGGGUUUUUGAGUGACACAACCAAUUGAAGUGAUCAUCCAUGUGAUUUAUGAUCAUCUUGUUGAUAUUGUAAAUGGUUUAUCACGUCUCUUGAUCGACAUGUCAACAACAAGAUAUUCUCUGUGAGUUAUAAGGGUCAACAACAAGAUAUUCCCUGUGAGUUAUAAGGGGCCGAAACGGUUGUUUUAUAAUCCUUGUCAUUGGAUUUUUAGUUGGGUUAUGCUACUGUAGAACAGUCCUUCUAUAACACACUCACCAUGGGUUCGAUUUGUUGUGUUGCUGCAAGAGAGAAAACCUUAACCCAAUCAAAUAAUGCACCAUCUCCUGUUCCUUAUAUGCAAUAUAAUCAAGUAAACUCCAUGCAUUCUCCUUCAUGGAGCUUUCAAUGGGAUGGAAGGUCACAUGUUGAGACUAGUGUGGACAGUUCGGUGCAGGCUCAUCGAGAUAUGUCUGGUCGUAGCAGUGGGAACAUGGCUUCUGAAUUCAAGGGUGAGUUUGGUUCCGGAACGAUUUCAAAUGGUGAGAGUCCUAUGGAGAGUUAUAGAACACCCACAUGGACGAAGUCUCCGGUUCACCCUCAUGAUAGUGAUGACUUCAACACUAGUGUUUCAGACAUAAAUUCAAGUCCAUCCUUGAUGCAAAAAUAUCCUGCAGAGGAGAAGAUUUUCAACAGAUCGCCAACUCUCUCAGACAAUUCUAAGUCUAAACUCCUUCAGUUUGUUCCUUCAACGCCCUCUGCAUCAAGGUCGAAGACCACCGACCCCUCAUCAUCUCGGAACUAUUUGAACGAUCAUGGAUCUCAAGGUGGGUCCUCCGAUAGGUGGUCCAUGCGUACCUUCUCCGAACUUGUGGCUUCUUCUCGAAGAGAGAGGUGGUCUUUUGACAGUGAGUGCUUGGUUGGAAAGAUGACAAGAUCAAACAGCCACCAUCUCUCUUCGCCUUCAAUGGAUUUACAAGCUUGUGCAAUCUGCUCAAAACCCUUAAUCGAUAGGUCCCCUUAUAGCAGCCAAAACUUAAUAACCAGUUACGAUGCCCCUGUAGUUGGUGUUCUCUUUUGUGGUCAUGUCUACCAUGCUGAUUGUUUAGAGCACACCACACCAGAGCCUAAUCGUUAUGACCCACCUUGUCCUCUAUGCUUGGUUGGUGAGAAAGGUCUUAAGAUUCGAAUAUCAAGGGAGAAAGCCUCGAGGCUGGAUGCUAGUGAUUCUAGAGUGAGAAACAAGAUAUCAAGAAUUGGGGUUGCAGAUAUUGAUUUAGAUAAUGAAUCGCUUGUUCCUAAUCGUCAUAGAGAUGGGAAGGAUCCAAAGAUGGUGGCUACCUCCAGUGCAAAAGGUUUUCUUGGAGGUCCAUUCUUGAAAAGGCAUUUCUCAAUUGGGUCAAGGACCACGAGGUCUGUCUCAGAGAAUGAUUCUACAAGAAGAAAGAGUUUCUGGGGAAGGAUCCGCAGGGAUUGAUUGAUUGCCCUCUCAGGCUGGCAGAGGUCAGGAUUACAAAUUUGUUAACCAUUGCUAAAUGAUAUGUUAAUACACAUUGCUGAAAAUAUUAUUAUCUGCUGCCAAUAAAUCAUAUAGCUUUAGCAUUGAUAUCA